UGUUUCUUUGUUUGUUUACUGUGAAUUGUGCAUUUUGUACGUUUUUUAAAUAAUAUUUGUCGAAAUGAGCGAGGGCAAUGCAAAUAUCUUACAAUUUGCGCCAUUUGAAUCAUUUGUGUCACCCACAUUCUGGCACAAAUUGGCUGAGCUGAAAUUGGACUACGAUCGACUGUCAGACGCAGAACGUUCAGUUUUUGGGCAUUAUACGAAUCGCAAGGCGUCUGGUUGUCUGCUUGAAGUAGACUACAGUGCCUACAAUAGUGUAGCGCAGCCACCAAAAUUCAGUCAUGCAGCUGCUGGAACAAUUUACAAUAAAAACACAAUUGAAGAGUUCAAAGCACUGGACAAAACGGCGCUUUUGGGCGAUGAGGGCAAAAGACUUUUGGCCGAUAUGAAAAAUGGGCGUGUGCUGAACGAUGCCAGUUUAUUGACGCGUUUCUUUGUUUUAUCAUUUGCCGACCUGAAGAGUCACAGCUAUUAUUAUUGGUUUGCCUUUCCCUGUCCAUUGACGCCAACAUUGAAACUACACUGCGAUCCUCUAAGGCUUAAAGAUCUCCCCAACUCAUCACGUUUUGUAGAUGCGAUUUGUGUGUUGCCGCCUGAAAAGCAAAACUAUUUUAUACUCUAUGCAAAUGAGGAGCAAAAGUUGUGGGAGACACGCAGCUUGAGCAACUUUGAUGAACAGGAGACUCAGCAUUACUAUUACUGCUUUGCAGAUCCCAGCGAGUAUGAGAAUCCAGCCUGGUUAAUGCGCAACUUUGUGGCCUUCCUGCUGCAGCAUUGCCCCAAUCUUGUUGGUCAAACACUUAGAUUCAUGGGACUGCGCUACGAUCAACAAUUGCAGCUGGACAACAGUUUGAUAUGGCAGGUGUCUCAGGCAGAUCCAUGCGACUAUGACCAGGUGCAGUUUGUGGGCUGGGAAUUGAAUCGCAAUGGCAAAAUGGGUCCACGUAUGGUCAACAUGCGGGAUAGCAUGGAUCCAGCCAAAUUGGCCGAGAAUGUCAUCAAUUUGAACCUAAAGCUGAUGAAGUGGCGUCUGGUGCCGGAUUUGAAUUUGGAGAUCUUGGCAGAAACCAAGUGUCUGCUCUUUGGGGCUGGAACUCUUGGCUGUGCUGUUUCCCGCAACUUGUUGUCGUGGGGAUUUAAGCACAUUACGCUGCUGGAUAAUGGCAAGGUGGGCUACUCGAAUCCUGUACGGCAGAGUCUCUACACGCAUGCGGAUGCAGUGACUGGCAAUCGAAUGAAGGCAACAACAGCAGCGUCCAGACUGCUGGAGAUCAAUCCAAGCACUGUGUCCAAAGGAUUUGUGCUGGAAAUACCGAUGCCAGGACAUACUAUUGGCGAAUCACUGCGCCAACAAACCGAGGAGCAUCUAAAGCUGAUUGAAGAGCAAGUGAAGUCGCAUGAUGUCAUCUUCUUGUUAACCGACUCGAGGGAGAGUCGCUGGUUGCCCACAUUGCUGGGUGCAGCUCAUCAAAAGAUCGUUAUCAAUGCCGCCUUGGGCUUUGACAGUUAUUUGGUAAUGCGACAUGGCAGCACUCGAGAAGUUGUGGGCGAUGUCAUCAAGGAAAUCGCGGGCCUAAAGUGCAUCAGUGGCCAGCAGCUGGGUUGCUACUUCUGCAACGAUGUGACGGCGCCAGGCAACUCGCUCAAAGAUCGCACACUGGAUCAACAAUGCACUGUUACACGACCUGGAGUUUCUAACAUUGCCGCCAGUUAUGCGGUAGAGCUUUUGGUGGCACUGUUACAGCAUCCUCAAAGGGAAUUGGCCCCUGCGUACUAUGCAAAUAGUCGGGAGCAGCAAAAAUUGGAUUCGCAACUGCCAGAGGGUCUGUUGGGUAUCUUGCCACACAGCAUACGCGGCAUGCUUUGCAAUUAUGAGAACAUUUUGCCUGCCACACAAAAGUUUGCGCAGUGCAUUGCCUGCUCUAAGCGAGUUUUGGAUGCUUAUCGGAAAGAAGGACACGCAUUUCUCUUUAAGACAUUCGAAACAGCUAAAUAUCUGGAGGAUUUGACUGGCAUUUCAGAGUUUAAGAGACUUAAUAGUGAGAUAAUAGACUUUGAUGAAGAUAAAUUCGAGUUCUCCGAUGAUGAAGAGGAUUAGUCAAAUUACAUUUUAUUAUAUUCUUUUUUUAAGCUGAAAUAUUCCAAUAUCAAACACCAAAAAAUAUGAAAAUAAUAAUACAUAUACUUUUAUAUUUGUGUCCAUGUCCUAUUCGGUAUAAUCCACUGUGCCAUUGAUUUGUAAUAGAGAUUUUUUAUUGUGAUACCAGAUUAUGCGCAAUGCAUAUACUCCGGA